AAUGAAACAAGAUGCAGUUGCAAAAGGUUGUAAAACUGCGUUUGCGUACGAAAAGGCUUUAAGAAGUCUCAGAAAGUAUCCUUUAGUUUUGGAAUCAGGAGCCGAAUGUAAAAUCUUGGAUGGUUUUGGUAGUAAAAUUUGUAAAGUACUUGACGAAAAGCUUGCGGACUAUGUAUCAAUCUAUGGAACAAAAAAGCCGAUUGACGGAAUUAUAACGGCUUCUUACACAAUUGGAUCGAUAUCGAGAAAGAGAACUCGCACUAAUCCUUCUUAUCAGGCAGGCACAAGUGAUAAAGAUAAGAAGGAAGUUGGCGAAAUCUUAACUAUUGAAGCUAACUUGCCUAACGCAAAAGAUACUGAAGAUAUAAGAGACAAAUCUUCAAACGAUGUGAAGAAAGUAAAACAUACCUCAUCUGACAAACAAUAUAUUCCUCAAAAAGGAUCAGGCGCUUACGCAAUAUUACUUACCUUAUACAACGAAUCUAAGAAAACUGAAUUUCCAGGCUUCCUAAAGAAGGAUGAAUUAAUUGAAAAGGCUCAACCAUUAUCAACUAAAUCAUUUAUUAGUUCUGAAAAUAGUUCUAGAUAUACAUCAUGGUCGUCGAUGUCUACUCUUAUCUCAAAGAAUCUCGUUGAAAAAUUCUCCAAUCCAGCGAAAUAUAAAUUAACCGAUGCUGGAAAAUCUCUUGCUUCAACAAUGAACAACUCUUCUGGGGAUGAUAAUUUCGCUAGUCCAUCUUCACUUUCUCCUGCAAAAUUUUCGGAAAUAUCUAAUGAAUACGAAGAUUUUGUUUCACCUAUAAGAAAUCCAAAUUUAAAAUCAUCUUGUAUAUCAUCCAACUCUUUCGACAUAUCUUCGAAUAUAAACAACUUUUCAUCUACUCCCUUGAACGACGACAAACUCGUGUCAAUUUCUCCUGAAAAGUUAUCGGACAAUGACGAGAUACAAUUUCUUGGGGAAACGUUGAAUAGCAGUAAAGGUCACACAUCUAUACCAAUAACAGAAGAUAUUGAAGUAGUUUGCGUUGAAGACUGUAAGAAAAUUGAAAAAACACGAUCUUUUGCUUUUUCCGAUUCGGAUUCCGAUGAUUUGCCUGAUCUAGAUGUAUUUAUUAAAAGAAAAAUUGAUAAAAACGCCUGUAAAAAACCAUCAAAGUCUACAGAAGAAAUUUCGUAUCACGAGUCAUCUUCUUUGGAUAGCUAUACGAAAUUUAAUGAUAGACAGAAACAAAACAGUCCAAAGAUAGAUGAGUUAAAAAUAGUGGAAAGUUCUAAACGUAACCCACUAAAAACUUCAUCUUUCACUGAUGAUUUGGAACCGAAACGGCCUGUGCAAAUAUCCGAAACACCACUAUUCACGCUAAGACCAAACGAAUUUGAAAUUAUUCUUAUAGUUGAUAAUAGCGAACAUUACGGAAACCAAAAGGAAACUGUUGUAAAGUAUCUUGAUAGACAUAGGAUAAGAACGGAAUUAAGGAGCUUGAAUGUUGGUGAUUUCUUGUGGAUAGCUAGAGAGAAAGGUGAGCCAAGAAGGGAAAUUGUCCUAGAUUAUAUUAUUGAACGGAAACGUAUGGACGAUCUUGCAAAGAGUAUCUGCGAUGGACGUUAUAGAGAACAGAAAGUACAGAUUUUUCAAUAUACUAAUUUCUUCAAACUCGUAUUAGCUCUUUUUUUUAUUAAAAGUUUCGCCUUCGUAACUGCGGGAUAAGGAAUUGUAUAUACGUAAUUGAAGAAUAUGGAUCAUCAGCACAUUAUAGCCUUAAUGAAGAUGCUUUAAAACAAGCAAUCACCAAUACAGAAGUAAUUGAUAAAUUUUUUGUCAAAUACACAAAGAAUUUAGAUGAUACGGGCAUUUAUAUAUCAGCUAUGACUAGAUAUCUACAAUCUAUGUAUUCGUCAAAGUUUCUCAUAGCCCAUUCAAAGAAAUACGUUGAAGCUAACUGUAGUAAAUACGAUGAUAGCGAAGUUUGUCUAAUGAAUUAUAAUGAAUUUAACGAAUUUUCUUUAAAAACUAAACCUUUGACUAUAAAGGAAAUGUUUGCUAAACAACUAUUACAAUUGCAUAGUGUUACACCCGAGAAGGCUUUAGCUAUUGUUGAAACAUUUUCAACCCCUUAUAAAUUUAUUAAAACAAUUAAAUCGUCAAAAAGUGAUAAAGAAAUUGAAGAUAUGAUAUCAAAAAUCAAAUUUGGUCCAACAAAUCGGUAAGUAUUUAAAGAAUUCCUAGUUUAUUUGUAAUUUAUUCAUUCAAUUAUCAUCUCUACAGCUGUAUAGGAAAAUCAAUUGCAACUCAACUAAGAAUCAUUUAUACUCACCAAUCAGGUUAAUAAAUAUUUUACUCCUAUUCAAAUUUUUAACAAACCUGGUAGGUAUAUUUUAAAAAUAGCCGUGAAAUUAUUCAAAGGGGUUUUUUUUUGCCCAUUCAAAAUAGAUGAAUAUAGAUUUUAUAAUGAACCAUUGUUGUUAUUCUUCUUCGUUCAAGAAAGAUUUUUAAUAGAGAAA